UGCAAACGUGUUUGAAGCAGGCAGAGGCCUUCAACUGCCACAGGUAAAGUCACUUAUGAACUUAAUGCAAAAAGUUUGAAAAGACAUGUCACACUCAGUGGUAUUCUAACAGGUUUAUUUCAAAUAGGCUCUAAGAGCUUCCUGUGCAGAGAUUAGAGUUUUCUACCAGCCGAACUGAACUGGAAGGGAGUUACUUCCUUAUUUUAGCUGGGAAUACAGACUGAAGUCAUUGUCAUGGCUCCGACAACUCAGUGCAAAAACAAAGACGUCCAUGAAGUUGUGCACCUCUCUCGACAACAAAGGGAGAAGAUGUUGGAAAAUUGCAUUUAAUUGCUUGUGGUACAAACCCAAACUGAAAAUGAGUCACAAGGGACCAGAAAAUGAGGGAACAGGACUGAGAGACGUCUGUGACAUUCUAGUCAAGGCACCUCCCGAGCGACUUCGGAGCCUGACAUUCCAGCUGCGUGAGUCUCCUGAAGAUAAUAUCAUACAUGCCUUGUGUCUGAUUGUUCUUCAGCAAGAGGAGCAGGCCCUGAACAAACUCCAGAUGCUGACAGACAACAACCUCGCUAACCAUCUGGUUGAAACAUGGAAAAUGAGUCGAGGCAAAUUAGAAGAUUUUGCAGUUCGCUGCAGUAAUACUCUAGAGUUCACAAGAGAGUCUCUUGCAACUUUAGCUCGAAUUUUUAAAGUUUUGUCAGAACAAAGACUGUGUGAUCAACGUUUAAGAAAUCUGGCAUACAUGAGAGCCCUUUCCACUGAGAGCCAAAAAAGAAGCAACGGUGAGGAUCUGGAAUAUGAUCGACUCAGAGAGGAAGCUAAAACUGUCUGUGGGCCCUCGUUUGCAGAGAUGAUGCUUUCUUUCAGCAACCUCAAGUUAGGGUCUUCCCAUGAUUCUCAUAGCAGUCUGAAUGAAGGAAGUACAACUUUAAAAGUGACUCUGUCUCAGGAUCAGUCAGAAAGUGGUUUGCCCAGCCCACUGCAUGCAGGCUCCUCACUACCAUCAUAUCCUACUCAUCUGGAGAUAAGCACUCCUCCAACAGCCACAUUUCAUGGGGACAAAAUAACGCCACAAACAUCAGGAAGCGCCGAACAAAGCCCUGUCGCCCCCGCUGGUAAUGAGGUGAAAACUUCUCCUGAGGAAUCUAAGCUUAAAUCCAAUGAACCUCCUCUGUUUAAAGACACAAAGAUGGAUACAGCGCAUACAAUGGAGUGCAGUAAGACAGAAACUCCAAACCAAACCACUGAACCAAAAUUUUCACUACCUACUGCAACACCCAAGAUGACUGAAACAGAUAAGAUGCAUGAACGUAAAGGUGCAGAAAAGGAGGAAGAAGAAAUAUUUUACGCUUUUGUUAUCCUGCAUGCACAGGAAGAUGCAGAAGUAGCCGAAAGCUUGAAAGAAAAACUGGAAGAUAUCGUCAGUUGCGAAGGCGCAACUUUCUCUGAGGACUUUGCCAUCCCUGGAAAGAGCACUUUUAGGUGUAUAGAGGAUGCUAUCGACAACUCAGCUUUUACCCUUCUGCUGCUCACCUGCAACUUCACUCGUUUGCAGGAGGUGAUGACAGACUCGGCCCUCAUCAACUCCAUAAACCACAAACACAAGUACAACACUGUUAUCCCUCUGCUGCCAAUGGAGAACCGCAUGCCCAACCGUAGCAUGCCCAUAGUUCUGCAGCGUCUAGUUCCACUGGAUGAGAAAAAGAACUUUGACAAAAAAGCACGAAAGAUAUUGUCACCAGCAAAUAUUAAUAAACAAAAAAGAAUUUGGGAGGAGGAGCAGAGAGUGAAAUUGGAGAUAGAGACACAGGAGAAACUUAAACAUUUAAACCAACAUCAAAAGCAGCUGAUCCAAGAGUGUAAAAGAACACAGCUGCUUGGACAGGAAACGCUGAACCAUAUAACCCUAACCCACAACCGCCAUUUUCCAUGUCAACAACAACCAAUCAUUAACAUUACAAAUUCUCAGUAUGUGAUGAUUGGUGAUGACUCUCAAAUGACUGUGGGUCAUGGUGGAGGUGAUUCAAUUCAGGGAGAUGAGGAGCAAUAAAUGUAAAGAUGGAAAUUUUAAAAAUAAUCCUAUCUCUUGAACUCUAAAAUGUCAGAACCUCUGUGGGGUAUUGUUUCAUUGAAUUUAAACCUGGAAGAAAAGUGCAGAAAAUUCUCAAAAAAAGAUAAAUGAAGUGGCAUCUAAAUGAUUUGAUGUAACACUGGUGGUUUUAGGUGAAUAAUUAGCUAGGGACUGCCAUCUACUGACCGAUUGUGUGAUUUAUACUUCCUGUUCCCUUCAGCUGCAUGAACCUGCUGUCGGCACUAGGGAGCAAUGCUGUCUCACACUCCUCAUUGCACCGCAUCAGGAUCUUCUUAAAUGCAGUGUCAUCCAAUAUACCAAUCACUUCUGCUGGUUAUCUGAUAGCUGUAUGAGAUUAAUAAACUCUGACUUGCAACAUUUUC